AUGUCCCGUCAAUCGCAAGAUAUCGAGGUGGCUGAUGUCGACAAGUCCUACGUGGACAACAUCGAGCACGUCGCCAAUGCCAACAAGCCCAACCCCAGAAAGGAGGCGCCGGCCUAUGUUGCUGGUCUAUCGCCUGAAGAGCGUGCCGCGGCUGAAAAGGCCCUCGUUCGCAAGAUUGAUAUUCGUCUGCUGCCCAUGAUCAUUAUCAUGUACAUUCUCAAUUAUCUAGACAGAAACAAUAUUGCUGCUGCUCGUCUGGCUGGGUUGGAGAAGGAUUUGGGUCUCGUUGGUAACCAGUACUUGACCUGUGUUAGUAUCUUGUUCGUUGGUUACCUGUUGAUGCAAAUUCCCUCCAAUUUGCUCCUCAACAAAUUCGGCAAGCCUGCUAUCUACCUUCCCACUGCUAUGGUCCUUUGGGGUAUCAUCUCGACUGCCACUGCCGCUGCCCACAACUUUGCCGGUCUCGUUGUGAUUCGGUUCUUCCUCGGUUUUGUUGAGGCUGCCUACUUCCCUGGAUGCUUGUACUUCUUGAGUGCGUGGUAUACCCGCAAGGAACUGGGCUUCCGCACUGCCGCCCUGUACUCUGGCUCCCUCCUGUCGGGUGCUUUCUCUGGUCUCAUUGCUGCAGGUAUUACCAGCGGCAUGGACAACAAGCUGGGUCUGCGUGCCUGGCGCUGGCUCUUCAUCAUUGAAGGUGCUAUCACCAUCGUCGUUGCUGUGAUUGCUGUCUUCGUCCUGCCCAACUUCCCCCGUACCACUUCCUGGCUUACCGAAGAGGAGAAGGCACUGGCUGCCUGGCGUCUGGAAGAGGAUAUCGGUGAGGACGACUGGGUCGACAGCGAGGAUCAGUCCUUCCUGCACGGUGCAAAGCUUGCCUUUACCGACAUAAAGACAUAUAUUCUGAUGCUCAUGAUCCUGUGCAUCGUUUCCUCCGCCUCGGUCACCAACUUCUUCCCCACCGUCGUCAAAACCCUCAAGUACCCCAACAUCGAGACCCUCCUCCUCACUGCGCCUCCAUACUGUCUCGCCGUCGUCUGCGCAUUCGCUAAUGCCUGGCAUGCCGAUCGCACCGGCGAGCGUUACUUCCACGUCACUAUCCCGUUGUACGUCUCCGUUGCAGCUUUCAUCAUCGCUGCCGCUACAACCAGCACCGCCCCUCGCUACCUCUCCAUGAUGCUCAUGCCUGCGUCGUUCUACUCUGGUUACGUUGUCGCUCUGGGUUGGAUCUCAAACACCCUGCCUCGUCCGGCGUCUAAGCGCGCUGCAGCCCUCGCUGCUAUUAACUGCGUUAGUAAUGCUAGCAGUAUCUAUGCUAGUUAUAUGUACCCCUCUAGCGAUGGCCCGCGAUUCGUUCCUGCCAUGUCUGUGAACUGCGCUACUGCGUUCAUUGCUAUUCUCGCUGCGACUGCCUUGCGAUUCACCCUCGUCCGUCUGAACAAGAAGCUUGAUCGUGGUGAGCACGUUGAGGGAUCUGUUCCCGGACACGCUAGUAGCCGUGGCUUCCGCUUCCUGGUUUAG